GUGGAUUGUGAAAGCUCUAUACAAACAUCCAGACCUCUUAUAACCCUAUCUACCUUUAUAUGAUUUUAUUUAUUGUUUUCUCGUCCACCCCAUAGACACGUUUUAUCUGUUGUCAUGAUUGCUAUCGGUCUCGAAGGCUCCGCCAACAAGCUUGGUGUGGGCAUCAUGCUGCAUCCCGACGAUGGAAGCACCCCGCAGGUCCUCGCGAAUAUUCGUCACACAUAUGUCUCCCCUCCAGGCGAGGGAUUCCUCCCCAAGGACACAGCUAGGCAUCAUCGAGCGUGGGUUGUAAAGCUAGUGAAGAAAGCGCUCAAGGAAGCUCGUCUAUCCGCCGAUGAUGUGGAUUGUAUCUGUUACACCAAGGGUCCCGGGAUGGGAGCUCCGCUUCAAAGUGUAGCUGUGGCCGCUCGUAUGUUGAGUUUACUCUGGGGGAAGGAGUUGAUUGGUGUUAAUCACUGUGUUGGACAUAUCGAAAUGGGGCGCCUUAUCACUGGAGCUACAAACCCCGUGGUCCUCUACGUCUCCGGAGGAAACACCCAAGUGAUUGCUUACAGCUCUCAAAGAUACCGCAUUUUCGGCGAGACUCUCGAUAUGGCAGUCGGCAACUGCCUCGACCGGUUUGCCCGAACCCUACACAUUUCGAAUGACCCGGCCCCGGGAUACAACAUCGAGCAAUUAGCAAAGAAAGGCAAACAAUUGGUUGAUCUACCAUAUACCGUGAAGGGCAUGGACUGCUCGAUGUCCGGAAUAUUAGCUGCGAUCGAUGCCCUAGCUGUUACACAUGGUCUCGACGGGGCCGAAAAGGAAGCCGAGGAAGGAGACGCAACUGCAGAUACCCCAAUGUCGGAUGGCGUUGAUAAUGUUAAGCCCACACGGGCGGAUCUAUGCUUCUCACUCCAGGAGACGGUGUUCUCUAUGUUAGUCGAGAUCACGGAACGUGCGAUGGCGCAUGUCGGGUCGAAAGAGGUUUUGAUCGUGGGAGGCGUGGGCUGUAAUGAACGACUACAGGAAAUGAUGGGAAUUAUGGCGCGAGACCGUGGAGGAAGUGUUCAUGCAACAGAUGAGAGGUUUUGUAUUGAUAACGGCAUCAUGAUUGCGCAGGCUGGUUUACUUGCAUACAAAACGGGAUUCCGAACACCGCUGAAGGAAUCUACGUGUACGCAACGAUUUCGAACGGACGAUGUGUUUGUGAAAUGGAGGGAUUAGCCUGCCUUUUUUUUUUUUUCCAUGAAUAUUGGAAUAUAAUAGAGUUUAGAAUUCAACAAAAUAAAACAACCCAUUGUAUGUGAC